AUGAAUGGUUUCUUCGGGGCGCAGACUUCCCAGCAGGAUCUACGGGCAAGGCUGGCGCAGAGGAGACGACGGAAUGGCCACACUCGGCCGAUGAGCAUGCCAAUGGUGCUGCCAGGAUAUUCGCCACAGAUGGGGGAAUCUGAUAUGGGCAUAGUGGGGGCUAUGGGAGGUGACUCGCUGGACGACAUCAUCAUGUUGAAUGAUAUGGAGAUACACCGGCGGCAGAGUCUACCACACUACUAUCCGGAUCAGAACGUCGGCGGCGGGUCUGUGAUGAUGGGGUUUGGCGCGAACAACAGCAAUGCUGCUUGCUUUCAGUUUGGAGGCCCGGUCUCAGGCCCUGGGAACGCCUAUCUAAGACGAGAGCCUGCCGGUGAGAUGGGGAUGCACGGAGGUUAUACAGGGAUGCCGCCGGGUAUGGAUAUUCUGAAUGAUCAGUCCAUGGACUUUAACUCCUUCCUCCAUGGAACGGAUGCGUUGAAUAUCGGUUCAGGUGCUCGAGACUUUCCACCAAUGCCCGCGGAUAUGGUGCAUGAUAUGUUUAGAUAUGCACCCAUCACUAUGGACGCUCUAUCCGAGGAUGAUGCUGCAUUGCAAAUAUAUCCAAACUCCGAUUUCUCACAGCCAUUUGGAAAUGCCAAUUUAGAGAGGAUGUCGAAUGAUUUCAUGAUGCCAAUAAUGCCCGAGCUCGCUAUUCCCGACGACUCGAUGAUGGCAUCACCAACGAAGACGAGUAUCAAUCAAAAUCCUGCAUAUAUUCCCCCCCCAAGCUUGAGCAUGAUUCCGUCCCUUUCACCUCAAAACUCAUACGGCCUUGUAGAUUCGGCCCCAUUGGUGAAGACCGAGUCUAGCUCCAAGUAUCCUGAUAUAUAUUCUUCUAGCGGAUUUGAUAUGUUAGGGGCAUUGGUAAAGGUCGCUACGAGGACCAACCCGGAGAUCGACAUUGGGAAGGUGGAUAUGUCCUGUGCUUUUCUUGUCUGUGAUAUCACUCAAGACGAUUGUCCUAUCGUGUACGUCUCGGAAAUUUUUGAGCGGUUAACGGGAUAUACCAAACACGAGAUUCUAGGCCGAAAUUGCCGCUUUAUGCAAUCGCCGGAAGGCAAGGUCCAGGCUGGCGUUCGAAGAGAGUUUGUAGACAAUGACUCUAUCUACUAUCUUAAGAGGAGAAUAGAGGAGAAGAAGGAGGCGCAGCGCAGUGUGAUCAACUACCGGAAAGGUGGCCAACCUUUCAUGAACCUUCUUACCAUGAUACCUAUCAGUGGCGAAGAUGGCGAUGAGAUCAAAUAUUUUGUUGGGUUCCAGGUAGAUCUAGUAGAGAAGCCAACCUCGGUGCAGGGGAAGAGUUCGAGUGGCCUAUAUACCGUGGACUAUUCGCAAGGCAUGCUGCCGAAAUAUGUUUGGUCGCCCCCUUCAGCUCAAAGGGAUGACGCCCAGUUAAUCAGUCGAGACGAUGUAUCGGCGGUUUUGAGUUCUAUUUGCCACACGGAACCCGAGCUGACGCAACGAAUGUGGGAUAAGAUGCUGUUAGAGAACACGGACGAUGUGAUACAUGUCCUUUCUCUGAAGGGUCUCUUCCUAUAUCUUUCGCCGUCGUGCCAGCGUAUCCUAGAAUAUGAUCCUUCCGAACUUGUUGGUACGGCUUUGUCUUCUAUUUGCCACCCUAGUGAUAUCGUUCCGAUCAUGAGGGAGUUGAAGGAUACAUCCACCGGAGCAUCGGUAAACGUUGUCUUUCGAAUACGACGGAAGAGGGGUGGCUACACAUGGUUCGAAAGUCACGGCUCGUUGUGUAGGGAGCAAGGGAAGGGCAGAAAAUUCGUUAUUCUGGUCGGGCGGGAACGACCCAUUUACACUCUUGCUCGACAAGAUAUCGAGGCUGCAGGCGGCAUUAGAGAAAGUGAAAUCUGGACGAAACUAUCGACGGCUGGCAUGUUCCUCUUUGUGUCGUCAAAUGUACGAACCCUUCUGGAUCGGUCGCCGGAGGACCUGAUCGGAACCAGUAUGCAAGUGCUGAUGCGUCCCGAAUCGAAAGUCUCAUUUGCCCGAUCUCUGGAGAAGGCAAGGACCGGGAAACGGGUCACCCAGACGCACGAGAUACUGAACAAGCGAGGGCUCGCCUUACAAGCGCAAACUACAUUGUAUCCUGGAGAUGCUUCGGAAGGUCAGAAGCCAACAUUUCUUGUAGCCCAGACACGGCUGCCAAAAACACCGUUAAGGGCCAUGGCGCCAGGAGGAUCUCAAGGGAACUCAAAGCUGCCUUUAACAAAACCUCAAUUAGAGAAAUCUACAUCCCUUGGCUAUCCUCCUGGGUUGACUUCAGAGCAGCUUGCUCACGAUCCGCUAAGUUCAUCUUCGUCACCUCUUAUUCCCGGCCAGAUCACCAAAGCCGGCAACCAUGGUCUUGCCAUAGGGACUCAAGAUCGAGCCUUGGCAUCCGAGAACAACAUCUUUGACGAGUUGAAAACAACCCGCUGCACGAGUUGGCAAUUUGAGCUCCGUCAAAUGGAGAAGAAUAAUCGGUUAUUGGCUGAAGAAUUAGCGGUUCUGUUAUCGAAUAAGAAAAAACGCAAGAGACGCAAAGGAGCCGGGCCUCUACAGAAGGAUUGCGCGAAUUGCCACACGAGAGCUACACCGGAAUGGAGACGGGGACCCAGUGGACAGAGGGAUCUGUGUAAUAGUUGUGGGUUGAGGUGGGCUAAACAGACUGGCCGCGUCUCCCCGCGCAACUCCAAACAUAGCGGCGGUGAUGCAGCCUCCAUCGCUCAUUCCUCUCCCUUACAGAAAGAAGCCCCACGCACCGCCUCACUGUUCAAUACGCUCGGUAUGAAUUCCAAUCCCAAGGAGAAAAUGGCUGAGGGUACGACGGGCGACGGGCCAGCGAGGUUGAAACAUUUAGGCAUGCCAGUUCGUGAGCAGAGUUUGGGGUUUAGGGAUGGCGGGAAGAGGCGAAUUGUUGUCAUUAAAGAGGGGGAGGAGCCUGGCGAUUAA